AUGCCUGACCAACAACUCGCACUCAUCAUCCCAUCCAAGCAAGCGACUUUUACCGUCGCUAGCCGAAAAAUACCCAAGCCAGGCCCUGGCGAGGUUCUCGUCAAACUCCAGGCCACUGCGCUCAACCCUUUCGAUGCUAAGAUCCACAGAGAUGGCACUUUCGUCGACAGCUAUCCUGCAGUUCUGGGCACCGACGGUGCUGGCAUCGUCGAAGAAAUUGGUGAAGGCGUUACAAAAUUCAAUCCAGGGGAAAGAAUAUUCUUCCAUGGUGCCUUUGACGAUAACGAUCUGGCAACCUUUCAGCAGUAUUGCGUAGUCACAACUGACUUCGCAGCUAAGGUCCCGAGAAGCUUAUCGCUCGACCAGGCAAGUACUAUCGCAUGCGGAAUUGGCACAGCCGCGAUCGGGAUGUACGGUACCAUGAAUGGUAUCGGUCUCAUUCCACCUUGGGAGCGCGGCGGAUGGUCCAAGUACAAAGGUUGGCCCAUCUUGAUCCUCGGUGGUGCCGGCUCUGUGGGCAACUACGUUAUCCAACUAGCGAAACUAUCGGGCUUCUCACCUAUCAUUACCACUUCCUCGCUGAAGCACACGGAACGUCUGAAGAGUCUCGGAGCAAACCACGUCAUAGACAGAUAUCUUCCACUAUCAGCACUCAAACAGGCCGUGAUGAAAAUUACGGGCUCUCGCAUACAUAUGAUGUACGACUGCAUAUCCACAGCAGAGACGCAGGAGGCUGCUUGGUCAUUGCUUGCGCCAGGAGGGAAGCUUGUUGUCACACAGCCAUCCUUGAUUAGCAAGGACAGCUAUGACAGUAGGCAGGUGGUUCCUGUAGACGGAAGCCCGCAAUCAGACGAGAACUGGGAAACGGGGAAGAGGCUGUGGGCUCAUCUUGAGAGAUGGGUCGAAGAGGGUCACAUACGGCCAAACAAUGUCGAACUAGUAUCUGGCGGGCUGCGUGCAAUACCAGAUGCGCUCGAGAGAUUCAACGCUGGGAAGGUAGACGGAGUGAAACUGGUAGUUCGACCACAAGAAACUUAA